GUGUGUGUGUGAGAGAGAGAGAGAGAGAGAGAGUGUGUGAGAGUGUCGCCGCCGCCCGGACAGCGGGAGGAAAGGAAUCAUCCGGGGAAAGAAAAAACCAAACCAAAAGCAUGGAACUGACGGCGAUUGGGGACCGAGUUUUCGCGGCCGAAGCGAUUCUGAAACGCCGCGUGCGGAAGGGCAGCAUCGAGUACCUGGUGAAAUGGAAAGGAUGGGCGUUGAAGCACAGCACAUGGGAACCCGAGGAGAACAUCCUGGACGAUCGGCUCAUCGCGGCGUUUGAGCAGAAGGAACGAGAGCAAGAGCUUUACGGCCCAAAGAAGCGGGGACCGAAACCAAAAAACUUCGUUCUCAAGGCACGUGCACAAGCAGGUGAAACGUCGUCCCGUGGCACCAGUACCCGUCAUGCCCCUCCGUGCUCUUCCUCCUCAUUGCCGGCUCCUCCUAACCCUUCGUCUUCAUUAACUCUGGCGCCGACUCCCAGGUUGCAUUCUCUGGCUGCCUCACACAAGCUGAAGAAAGACAUCCAUCGCUGCCACCGUAUGUCUCGGCGACCUUUGCCCCGACCCGACCCCUUAGCAAACCCAGACGGUUCCUCCUUCCUCUCCCGCUUGCCAAUCUCUCCGUUUUCUGAGACUGUGCGCAUUUUGAACCGUAGGGUCAAACCACGUGAGGUCAAGCGUGGUCGGAUCAUUCUCAACUUAAAAGUUAUUGAUAAAUAUGGCACUGGGACGACUAAAGGACACCAAGGAAGGAUGCCGAUACCAUCUCGGAAUCGUAUCAUUGGGAAGAGGCAAGGGGACAUGCCCUACAAGCCGUUUCAACCACCCAUGAAGAUGCCUGGCUUUCCUAUGUACGGUCAGCCAUUUGGGCUCCAGCCGUGCCCCCCUGCUUCAGCUUCAACUGGUAUGAGAGCAGGAUCUGCUACUGGAAAUAAAACCAGAGCCCGUUCUUCAGCAGAUUCUUCCAGGGUUCGGAUCCAGUCGCCUCCUUCUCCGUCCAGCUUCAGCGGCACUGAAAGUAACGCUCCCUCUUCACCACAAAUCCAGCCCCGUCGGCGAAAAGCCCAGCUUGCUGCAACCUCAUCCCCACCUCUGGCACUGAGCACAGAAACCUCGUCCCAAGCCCAUAAUCGAUCCACUGGCACCAGAUCUGGAUCUUCAGCACCUUGUCUACCCUCCUCUCCGCCCCUGUCUUCUUCUUCCUCAUUAUCAUCGUCACCAGAAGACAAAAAAGGAAGGGCACAGAAUCUCUCGUAUGUGGCUAGAGGCAGGAAAAGAAAACCACGCCGCCGAUUUCAGACAUCCAGUCCCUUGGUUGAUGGCACUGAGAAGGCAGUGCCCAAACAAGGUGACCCCGACUGGCAUCCUAAGCGGACGCCCAGCUGCGCCAAUGUUGUUGUGACUGAUGUUGCAACUAACCAUCUUACUGUCACCAUUAAGGAGUUCUGCCAGUCUAGAGCUGCUUCUGGACCUCCAUCACCGUCCCACACCGAGAAUGCCAAAGCUUCCACCACCUAGUCUUCUCAAGUUAGCACUAACAGUAUCCCAUUUACCCCUUAACCCCAACAAGAACUUGCCGUAAGAAUAUUCCCAAAAAAACCAACGUUGCCAUCAAUGAAAUUGAAACAUAUUUUUUAAAGAAACUAAGUUAUCUAUCUAUAUAUACAGUAUAUAUAUCUAUAUAUCUAUAUGGACAUGCAGGGAGUUCACACUCUGCUCGUCCCGAGUGUAUUCCUUUCAACUGCAUAAUGGCCCGAGAGAUUCUGUGUCUUUGGUGACCUUGUUCUUCAUUGACCAUGGGGAACUCUAGGGCUUCAAGACAAACAAAAUAUCAUAUUGUAGUAAUAUUGCUUCAUAUUGCGAUUGCAAUAAGCCUUGCAAUAUAUUAAAAAUUGAUCGGUGAAUCCCUGAUAUGUUUGCGGCAACUGGAUCCGUUAGAGGGCUUGUCUGCAUACCGCAGCCUUCUGCAAUACGUCAGUACUGCAAAUGUCAAUAUAAUUGCAAAAGUGAUUAACAAGAUACAUUACAUUUAACCCUAGAACCGUGCCUGCUUUUUGGUGCCGUCAGUGCUGUAGCCACCUUAGCAUGAGCAGUGAGUGUGAGUAGGUUAUGCUUUGGUGUGGUUUGUCAAGAGUGCAGCGUGUAUUGUAAUCAAUCCAUCCUUCUCCACCAUAGAUUCCAACACAGACCAUUUAUUUGCACGCACAAUGCAAGAUCCUUCUUACAACCUUUCAGUUCUGCCCUUGUACCCUACUCCCUUACUGGCCAAUAUGUCCACCAAGACUCUAAACUGCCGGCGUUUUCAAAAAUACACCAAGGACUGCAUCUCAAGAUUGCUACUGUACAUCAUUUCUCGUCCCUGUUUCCUGGAGUCGUUUUUGUCUUCUGGAGUAACCAUAGUUCGUAUUUGGUGUGAUUGGUUUGGUGUUUUAUGGGCUUUCAAGAGAAGUUGGACUGGUUUGAGAACUGUGAAGCAGUGACUUUAACCAAGUUCUACAAAUGUAUAGCCUUGAUUGAUGAAACCUUCAUGAACAACUUGGAAAGGUUUGUUCAUAUUUUGUGAUAGCACCACAUGUUGCUUCUCAAACUGGUCCAGCAAUCAGGCUUUUGGUCCAACUGGGUACUAGCAUUGACAGAUCAGACCUGGGAUAAAAACAUUCUAACUUUUCUUAUGUUUUUCUGAGCUUCCUGCAAAAGGGCUCUUGUGAAUAUGAAGGGCGGUUUUGUAGGUUUUGGGGUUUCAUCAUUGCUCGUGUCCAAUUUUGGAUGCGGUUCAAGUGAAAUCACCAUGGAUUCAGAGCAAAACCGGAUUUUGGACUGAUUCUGCAAAUGUAUUUAUGGCUGCUUUACGAAAAGAGAAAUGAAGUUGAUGGUGAAUAGGAUCAUGCCGGCAUCACAAAGUUCAUAUGGCAGCUAACUUGGCUAACUGUGGUGAAGAAGAAUAAUGCAAUGUGAGAAGGCUUAUUUAUUUAUAAGACUCAUUUGAUGAAGCAAAGCCACCAAAUCACAAAUAAUCCUGCGCGAAUCUUAAUUAAUGUGCCUUUGGGAACUUUGGGGAGAGGGGGAUAUUGGGAAAUGUGUUUUGGUGGGGGCUUGGCUUUAGAUAUUAUUUUACAUGGGUUUUUUUUUGUCAUAGUGUAAACUUAGUUUGUAGUUUAUUUCUUUUUGAGGUAACAUACUUAUAAAUUGGUAGCAGGCCAUUGGACAGGACAGGGCAUUUUUACUUGUCGGCAGUUUUCUGUACCUGACCAGUCAGCUGUAAGACUGCCGUUUGGAGAAAUUUAGAACAAAAAUACAUUUUUGGUGAAAAGUGAACCGAUUUAAGUAACUUUCAUCACUGGGAUGUUCUGUUAGCUAAUUAGCAGCUAACCAGCUGUAGUUGUAUAUGAGGGCGGAUUCGAAGUUGUUGACUUGAUUUACGUCAGGAAUUUACGAUUUAAAGUAAUGUCAGGAUUGACAUGAGAGAGUUCUCUGUAUUCACAGUCAGGUCACGCAGGUACCUCAUUUUCUGGUUGUCUCAUUCAGAUUUGUCGGAACAGAAUGCAACAUUUGUCUUGAAUAGAUGCAUUCGACGCAUCCCUUGAGCAGCAGACUGAAGAACGCUUAUAUUUGUAGUCAUGCACAAUGUUGAUAUUAACUCUACACGACACCGAUCUGCCAUAACAUGAUGACCACUGACAGGUGACGUGAAUAACAUUGAUUAUCUCAUUACAAAGGCACCUGUCA